UGGUUGUGAAGAAAGGAGGCAAGCGACCAAAUCUUUGAAGAAGCAAUAGUAAAGAGAAGGUAAAAACAAGAAGAGAGACCGUUGUUAGAUACAGAAGUUGAUCAAACAUGGGAAGAUCUCCUAGCUCAGACGAAACCGGUCUGAAGAAAGGUCCAUGGUUGCCUGAAGAAGAUGAUAAACUCAUCAAUUAUAUUCACAAACAUGGCCAUAGCAGCUGGAGUGCCCUUCCCAAGCUCGCUGGUCUUAACAGGUGUGGAAAGAGUUGCAGGCUACGAUGGACAAACUAUUUGAGACCGGACAUUAAGCGAGGAAAAUUCUCAGCUGAAGAAGAAGAGACCAUCCUGAACCUUCAUGCGGUUCUUGGGAACAAGUGGUCAAUGAUUGCAAGCCACUUACCUGGAAGAACUGACAACGAGAUCAAGAAUUUCUGGAACACUCAUUUGAAGAAAAAGUUGAUUCAGAUGGGUUUUGACCCCAUGACUCAUCAGCCAAGAACCGAUGAUAUCUUCUCAAGCUUAUCUCAGCUCAUGUCUCUGUCUAACCUAAGAGGACUUGUUGAUCUGCAGCAACAGUUUCCAAUUGAAGAUCAAGCUCGAAUGAAUCUCCAAACUGAGAUGGCUAAGCUCCAGUUGUUCCAUUACCUUCUUCAAUCUCCUCCUCCUCCUCCAAUGAGUAGUAGCAAUAUUAACCCUAAUGACUUAAACAUUCUCAAUCUCCUCAUCAAAGAAAACUCCAAUACCAAUACUCUCGAUCUCGGUUUCCUCACUUCUCAUCUUCAAGACUUCAACAACAACCUCCCAUCCCUCAAAACCCUAGAAGAAAACCACUUCAGUCAAAACACUUCUCCAAUAUGGCUCCAUGAACCACCGAGCUUGAACCAAACUAUGUUGCCUACUCAUGAUCCUUGUGCUCAGAGUGUAGAUGGUUUCAGCGGCAACCAGGCCUCCUCAAGCCAUGAUCAAGAAGUAGCAGUCACAGACUCUGUAGAUUGGCCUGAUCAUCAUCUAUUUGAUGACUCCAUGUUUCCAGACAUUUCUUAUCAAUCUUAAGAACAUUCUAUAUGUUUGAAUGUAUCUUCAUUACCCUAGUAUGUAGAGAGACCAACCAACGAUUUGUUCAGAUAAUUAUUUCUAAAUUUGUGUCGUGUUUAUAAUAACAAAACGAUUGUGUGUGAUCGAUUGUUAUGUCAUGUGUAUCUUCUGGAAAAUCGUAAGUAUUUUGGUUAUAAAUAUUUUUUUCGUAA